GCACGCGCCGGCUGCAGAAGUUUGCAUUGUAGGAGCGCUGUGCUGACGUCACUUCUCCCGAGUUGCCUGGAGUAAAGCGGGGGAGCGUCUCUCCAAUCUGCGCCCGGAGACCGACACGUCCGGUCACAUCCGCACCCCGGACACCAAUUACUGACCCGUUCUCAUCGAUCCGCGUCGAUGUGGCUCCAACAGCGCUAAACUAGGCGGCGCGUCGCCGUGCGGCUUUUCCGUUUUUUUUAAAGGAAUAUCCAGAUCGUCGAAGAUAAGGUAUGGAGUCCGGACAGCAGCUGUCCCCCCAGUCUUCAGCCACACACUCCCUUCAAAUGGCCUCGUCUUCAGCCAGCUCACCCCCAGCUCCAGCCCCGACCCCACCCGCAAAGUGCAGCCCAGCCUCCAGCCGGGCCAGCAGUUCCCCCCUCGCCAAAAAUGGCCAAAUGCCACGGAUGAGCAUAAAUGAACAUUUCAAUACAUCUGGCAGCUUUCCUUUAAUGAACCAUCCAGAUUUGGGGCUCUACACAUCAACUUCAGGCCAUUCUGAGUUCGGAGGCCUUGGUAGUCUGGGUUUGUCUUCUAUGGCAGCUUUCUCCCAGUUUGGUACAUUUCCAGUGUCUCACUUUGCUCCAGACUGGUGUCGGACUCCGGAGGCACCAACUAGAGGAGUCUUCUUCCCUCCUCUUCUGGGUCUGCAUCCAGCAUUUGCAUCAACCUUCAAAAGCCUUGAUCCUAUUCAUUUACAGGCAUUUUCCUCAGUUUCUGUAGGCGUGAAGGGAACAGUGAAUGGUAGGGGACCUUCCUCUCCUGCUGGGAAGUGUACUGUGAGCACCAGUUCAUUUCCAGUAAAGGAACAACGAGGGACAAACACAACCAAUGGUAGUGGAAGACAAAAAGCCCGUCAGGACCCAGGUCAGCUUCACCAGAAGACUGUUCAACAACCACAAGAAAAGAAACCCAACAAAAGAUCAUUAGAGACUUUGAACAUGGGCGGCAACCAUUCGGGGUCUGUGUCAGGCAGCUCCAGUGAUGGUGAAGAGAUCAGCAGUGACCCUGAUGACAUGGAGGAGGAGGACAAUGAUGAGGACAACCAGAGCAAUGACAGCGAGGACUCGGAUUCAGAAAAAGAGGGCCCCGUUAAAGUAAAAGUUAAGCGGCUGACACACAACACUUCAGAGAGUAAAAAGAGAAGACCUUCCACUGCCGUGGACAGUCAUUGUGACAGCGUUCCUUUGACAUCCUCAUUCAACCUCCAGUUCGCCUCGCGUCAUGCCGGCGGAGAUCUGUCCACAGAACCGCUUCCGGGCUCCAAGACCGCAGAGGACAAGCGCCAGCAGCACAUCAGCGUUAUCCAGACCACAGGGCUCGCAGGCGGCAAUAACACCCUAGCGCGGUGUCACAGGAAGUCCCUUCCUCUGCUCUUCAAGACCCCACCCAAUUCUGUAUCGUUCUCCACCUCACAUAAACAUUUGCCUCCUUCCACCUCACCAAAGCGCUCCUCUCAUUCAUCCUCACCAAAGCACAGUUUCGUCUCCUCCUCCCCCAAACCUCUUGAUCUCUGCUCCCCUAGCAAAUUCCUGCCUCUGAGUUCCUCACCUAAACCCUCAUCUCUGUGUUCAUCCACGACACCCGCCCUCUCUUCUUUACCAAAACCACCAACAUCAAUGGUCUCACGAAAGCCUACGCGUAAAAGCAAGUUUCCGAUGGCCACACAGCCUGCUGAUAGCGUGAAGGAGAGCAGUGGAGACCUCCCAGAUGGAAGCCCGUUAAAAAUGAAAACUUUAAAAUUAAAAAAGCUCGCUCAUUCCAAGGACUCGUUUGAGCAGGCGUUCGCUGUGCGACCCACAAGCCAGAACUGCAAUGACACCAAUCAGUUCUUCAGCCAACAUCCUAAUGGAGUGAUCAACAGUAAAGCCCAGGACGCCCCUUUGGCUCUCAUCACUAAGCCCCAUCACCUGAGCAGCCUUUCUAGCAGAAAGCUGAUCCUGGCACCUAGCUCUCCCUACCCAGUGCCCAUCAAUCUGAGCACUGGCAAAAAGGAACCAUCAGGCCCUGCCGCUUCUCCACAUAAACCUUCUGCCUCAUUAGGACUUGCUCAUAGACCAGGGAAGACCACUACCGUCGCUUCUCUACAUGCAGGAAAGAGUCAGCCCACAAACAGUCUCUCCUGUCUGGGUAGAGGCUGUGAGUCUGAUAUCCACAGCAGCAAGGACUCAGAUGACUCUUUAGAUGACUUUGAUGAUGAUGACGACGAUGAUGGUAUUGAGGAUGAAGAUUCUGGCAGUAGUCUGUCAGAAUCGGAGAGCAAUCUGGAGAGCGACUCUGGUGGUUCUGAGGAUGAUAUAAAGGCCAACAAUCAUAGCAACGCAACAAGGGCUCCUCUAAAAUCAGUGGCAUCGCUGUCACCUCCCAAGUCCACUUCCACCCUCUCCACCAGCUCCCCCCUACUUAACCCGCCAGUCAUCAAGCCGUCUGUUAGCCUGCACACGCCCACCACACUGACCAGCUCAGGGCCACUGAGUAACCACAGCACCCCGUCGCCAUCCUUUGCCACACUGUCAGGAUCAGGGAAGAGGAGGAGAGUAACAGAUGAAAGUGUUUUACAAUUGCCUCUAAAGUUUGGGUGGCAGAGAGAAACCCGGAUCAGAGCAGUGGCAGGUCGCCUACAGGGGGAGGUUGCUUACUUUGCCCCAUGUGGGAAGAAGCUGCGUCAGUAUCCUGAUGUCAUCAAGUACUUAGUCCGGAAUGGAAUAACCAAAAUCUCGCGAGAUAACUUCAGCUUUAGUUCAAAAAUGAAAGUUGGCGACUUCUAUGAAGCCAGAGAAGGACCAGAGGGUCUACAGUGGUUCUUGCUGGCGGAAGAUGAAAUUGCUUCCAGCAUAGUAGCAAUGGAUGGUCGACAUCACCGGCGCCCCAAAUCUGACCCUGAGCCAGCAGGUGAGGCCAUCAGAGCCAGAGAAAUGAAGGACCAUCUGAAGUUAAAUAUCAAUAAAAACAACUUCCAAAACGUCAGGGACGUCAAGCUGCUGCGCAAACUGGAGGCUCAAGAAAUAGCUCGGCAGGCAGCUCAGAUUAAGUUGAUGAGAAAACUUGAGAAGCAGGCCAUGCUGCAGGCGGCCAAAGAGGCGAAGAAGCAACAAGUCAUUAUGGCUGCUGAGGAGAGGCGGAAGAAGAGGGAGCAGCUAAAGAGUAUAAAACAGCAGGAGAAGAUCAAGCGCAUUCAGCAAGUUCGUAUGGAGAAGGAACGCCGUGCGCAGCAAAUUCUCGAGUCAAAGAGAAAGAAAAAAGAAGCAGCAGCUAAUGCUAAGAUCCUGGAGGCUGAGAAACGGAACAAGGAAAAAGAGAUCCGAAGACUGCAAGCUGUCAUACUGAAGCACCAGGAGUUGGAGAGACAUAGACUAGAUAUGGUAUGGGAAAGGGAACGGCGGAGGCAGCACAUGAUGCUUAUGAAGGCUGUAGAGGCCCGUAAAAAGGCAGAGGAGAAGGAGCGUGUGAAGAAAGAGAAGAAGGAUGAGAAACGGUUAAACAAGGAGAGAAAAUUAGAGCUGAGGAGACUGGAACUGGAAAAAGUGAAGGAGCUUAAGAAGCCCAAUGAAGACAUGUGUUUAGCAGAUCAGAAGCCAAUGCCGGAGUUAUCCCGUGUCCCUGGUCUGGUCUUGUCAGGAAGCACCUUCUCUGACUGCCUGGUGGUGCUGCAGUUUCUGUGCAGCUUUGGAAAAGUUCUGGGCUUAGACAGAGGAUCAGGCAUGAUCCACCUAUGGGACCUUCAGGUGGGGUUGCUGAACAUCGGGGGCAGUAGAGACAAGGUGCAGGACCUUCUGGUGAGCAUGCUCUCUGCAGCUGUGCGUGAUCCUGGUUUGCCUGCAGGCCACAAGAGUAAAACCAUCUUGGGGGACCACUUGACCAACGUGGAGAUAAACCGAGACAACGUGUCUGAGAUCCUGCAGAAGUACAUGGAGGGUCACUGUGAGCAGACCGAGCUGGCUGCUCUGACCCUCAGCCUCAGGACCAAGCCUUUUCAAGCCCACAGUCCAUCUCAGAAGGCCUCCAUCCUGGCCUUUCUGGUUAAUGAGCUCUGCAGCAGUAAAGCUGUGAUCAGUGAGAUCGACAAAAAUAUAGAUCACAUGACCAACCUGAAGAAAGAUAUGUCGGCUGUUGAGGGAAAGCUUCGCAAACUGAGGAACAUCCAUGCCAAGAGGACAGGUAAGAGAGACGUUGGUGUGGGGGGAGAGGACCGCACCCUCGUCAUGCCCACUGUCACAAGCAAGUGCAAGAGGAAAGAAGGAGACAGCGAGGAGGAAGAGGACGAAGACGAUGACACUGAGGACCAAGGGGACGACGAUGAUGAAGAGGAGGAGGAAUCCGGGGGAAGGAAAGGGAAGAAAACUGACAUAUGUGAAGAGGAGGACGACGGCGUGCACUCAAUCAGCGUGGAGGAACUGGAGAAACAAAUUGAGAAAACAUACAAGCAACAGAAUCAUAUCAGACAGAAGCUUUUUGAGUCGUCCGUUUCACUCCGCUCCAUGACCAUUGGGCAGGAUCGCUACAAGAGGCGUUACUGGCUCCUUCCACAGUGUGGGGGGGUCUUUGUUGAAGGCAUGGAGAGUGGCGAAGGUUGGGAGGAGGUGGAGCGGGAGAAGAAACGGCAGAGGGCCGCGCAGGAUUUCAGUGUGAAAGAGGAGCAGAACCCAGCGGGAUCCAGCACACCGCAGAGCCCAGUCGGUCAUCCAGCCGCGUCGGGCCAGCAGGAUAGCCUCAACCUCUUUCUCCAGAAACCUGGCUCCCUAUCUAAUCUCAGCAAACUUCUGGAAGAAGCUAAAACAACCCAAGACGCUAACACGGACAUGAACAGCCAUAAAGUUUCUGCCAGUGCAUCUUAUCCCUUGUAUCCCUGCUCUCAAGGAGGAUUAACCCACAGUCCCCCGUCUGUGACCUAUCAGCAAGUGAUCAGUGCUAAUAAAACAGAUACUCCCGUGCCAUCUUUGCUGAGGGCCCCCCAGCUCAAAGGCAGUCCCUGGUUAACCUGCAGCCCCCAGCGUGUACCUCAUGACGACCAGCUUACCAAGAUACUGAACAGCCAGUGGUUUAGCCUCCUGCCUCGCUCUCCUUGUGACGAGGCCUCGCUCACCUCCUCCUGUACAUCCGUCUCCUCAUCUCCACACAUCAGCACCAAACCCCUCUCUUCUCCCUCUCCCACUUCUGUAGCCACAACCAACUACAGUGCUUCUGCUGGGAUUAAUAAUUUACCAUCACCCGUCAUUCAGCAAGUUAAGUCUGGCAUUCAUCAGCGCAGCCUGACACUGUGUGACGAGCCCAGUACAGCAUCAAGUCUCAGCCUGUCUUUCCCUGGCAUGUCUCCACACCCCAUGCUGGAUCUGGUCUCCCAGCAUACAGAGGGUAGUGGGAACAAAGUGCCUUUACUGGCUAAUAACAGCGCUGUCAUCAAGCAUGAGACCACAAAGGUCUCGAGCGAUACGCCUCUUUGUGCCUCAGUCUCUAAUGUGGAGGUGGCCAAGACCCAGGACUACCCAAGUCCUCAGCCCAUCCCAGAGGAGAUGCUGCAUGGUUGGUGGAGAAUAUCGGACAUGGAGGAACUGCACAGUGUGGCCACGGCCCUUCACAGCCGAGGCAUCAGAGAGAAGGUCUUGCAGAAACAGAUCCAAAAACACAUGGAGGAUAUGAACCAGCUCUAUGCCAACAGCAAAGAUGUGGGUGAUAUGGCAGAGAAGCAGGAGGUGAGUAAAAGGAUAGUGGAGAAUUGGUGCAUCGAGGACCAAGCCAUGGAGGUGGACAUUGGCCUGCUCCGGCAAGUCGAGGACCUGGAGAGGAAGGUCGUGUCUGCAAGUCUGCAGAUCAAGGGAUGGAUGCACCCGGAGCCCAUGUCGGAGAGGGAGGAUUUGGUCUAUCAUGAGCACAAGCUGUUCUCCUCCUUAGCUCCACAUAAUAAAGGCUGUGGGGAAACGAGCUCUGAAGAACCUGUUGGCCCUGUGGUACGGUGGCCCAACAAUCCCCUGGACAUAGCAGUGAGCAGGCUGAUGGAGCUGGAGAGGAACAUCGAACGGAGCGAGGAGGAGGCUGCUCCCGGGUUGAGGGUGUGGCGCAAAGCCGUCAGCGAGGUCCGCAGCUCAGCUCAGCUGUCGCUCUGCAUCCAGAAGCUGCAGAAAUCCAUUUCCUGGGAGCGGUCGCUCAUGAAAGUGCACUGCCAGAUCUGUGGUAAAGGAGAUAAUGAGGAGCUGCUCUUACUCUGUGAUGGCUGCGACAAAGGCUGUCACACGUACUGCCACAAACCCAAAAUCACCACAGUACCUGAAGGCGACUGGUUCUGUCCCAGCUGUGUGGCAAAGGAAAGUGGCCAGAAGCACCAGAUCCAGGCGGCUGCAUGGGGAAAGAGAAGCGGCGAGGCGAAGCGGAGCGUCAGGCCGCCUGCGGUGGGAGAGCACACGCGGGAGGAGGCGGCCAGCAGCCACGGCGUGUCCAAGAAGGCCCCCAAGGAGGUCCGGAAGAGAAAGGGGGACGAGGUCCCGCCCGGCCCACAGGCCAAGCACGAAAGCCCCGUCCCGUGUGCCAAAAAGGCCAAAACGGCCAGAGGUUCCUCAAACGGGCUGGCCACGUGUCGGGCGCUGCUGGCCGAGCUGGAGGCCCAUCAGGACGCCUGGCCCUUCCUCACGCCCGUCGACCACAAGGCCGUGCCCGGGUACAGGAAGGUCAUCAGGAGGCCCAUGGACUUCUCCACCAUCAGGGAGAAGCUCACCAGCAACCAAUACGUGAAUUUGGAGGCGUUCAUCGUCGACGUGAACCUGGUGUUUGAUAACUGCGAGAAAUUUAACGAAGAUAAUUCAGAAAUCGGACGAGCCGGCCACAACAUGAGGAGGUUCUUCGACGAACGUUGGACUGACCUCCUGAAGUGAGAGGAUUGGAGUGUGGAUCCCCUGCUGCUGUCUCUGCAUUUUAAGCCCUCGUGGCGUUGGAGGCCUCGUGUGCAACUGAAUGCACACACGGCUCUAAAAACUGCUGUGCAGUGUAAGGAGGGGACGGACGCCGCUGCUGUGUGUAGUGAGGAAAGUCAUUAAAUGGAUUCAUAUCGAAGUGCAA